ACGUGUCAUAACCGCCAUUUGUCUACUAUCUUUUUGUCUCUGCUCCUUCCUUUAAUCCGUCCCUUUCACCGGACAGACAGUUAUGGAAGUAGACAAGUAGGAAGAUUUGUGGAUAAAGGCAAGCAAGGUGAAGAAGAAGAAGAAGAAGAACAAUGAUUUCUCCCUCACUAAGCUUUUCCCACUUUUUCUUUUUGCGUCCAAAAUUAUGUAAAAAGAAACUGAAGAGUUUUUCUGGGUGAAAAAUGUAAUUAAAGCGAAAAUAAAAGGAAAUUUAAGUCCGCCAGGGACAACAGAAAGCAAAACGGGACGCCGCUCCGUUUACGGUUACUGGGAAACGGCCCGUGCCACUAUCAAACCCCACCAAUAAAAAACUCACGUCUCUCUCUAGUCUGGUCUAUGUGCCAACCGAUGCGUCUUUCUGUUGUUGCUCAUCGUGCCGUUGGGUUGAUUUCUCUACUUCCAGUUUCCCCUCCAUUGGACAAUGGAAGGGAAUAAACCCUAACUCCCUAAGCCUACUUUGAACCUUAGUUGACCUUUUUCUCUCUGUUACCCCUGCUCUUCACGUUUUCGUCACUUUCUUUCUCUCUCCUUUUACCUUCAUAUUAAAUCUAUUCUUACUACUCUCUGUCUCUCUCCCUCUCUCUCUCUCUGACAUUUCAUCAUAAACAAUGCUCUGAUCAGGACUGAUGAUCUCAACCAUGAGCGACUCUCAUAGCAUCUCCUCCUCUGAUUCCGCUUCCGUCUCUGCUGUCGAUCAGAAUGUUGUGAGGAAUCAAAGAAGUGGUGACGGUAAUCAAACACUUGCUACUGAGUCACGUCACUGGCGUGAUGUCUUCUGGUUGGGGAUCUUUAUACUUCACUUGAUUGGUUUAGGAUUUGUACUCGCAGUUCUUGGACUCAAUAGGUUUAAAAAAUCAGAUAGGUUAAAUAUUGAUAGAUACACCAACAGAAUUUUGGAGAAUCAUCGUGGUUUAACCGAGAAUUAUUGGCCUCUUUAUGCUGCCGCUGGUGGAGUUGGGACUGCUCUUGGGUGGACUUGGUUGGUGUUACUUGGUUCUCGUGCAAAGGAAAUGAUAAAAGUCUCCGUGCACAUUUUGACCACUUAUCUUGCCGUGGUUAGUGUCCUAUGUUUCUGGUGCGAGCAGUUUUUCUGGGGUGUUGCUUUUGCAACUGGUGCUGCAUUACAGUUCUUGUACAUUGUAUCGGUUAUAGACAGGUAUGUGAUGACUUGUGUUCAGUAUGAAUAUGACUUGAAGAUGCGUGGCAAUAGUGAAAUCUGUCAUAUGGUUGUUGUGCUAUUUCAUUGUUUUUGGAUAAGUUUGCUCAUUUGCUAUGGCUCGCUUUUCACUGCUGCUAUCCGGACUCUCCGGUGGGAGAUCCGGGGAUUCAGAUCGAAGAUUGGAGGCAAUGAGUGUCUGCUUUGCUGUGUUGAUUUUCUGUUUCAUCUUGUGGAGACUCUUGUACGUUUCUUCAAUAAGUAUGCAUAUGUCCAGAUAGCUGUUUACGGAAAAGGUUUUAACCGUUCAGCCAGGGAUGCCUGGGAAUUAUUCCAAUCAACAGGGGUUGAAGCACUUGUUGCCUAUGAUUGUUCGGGUGCUGUUUUGCUGAUGGGCACUAUUUUUGGAGGGCUUAUUACUGGAACCUGCUCGGGUGUUUGGGCAUGGAUUAAAUACAGAGACAGAAUGAUUAUGGUGGGUUCUACUGCAAUGUUGAUGGGAAUGGUCUUGGUGGGUCUGGCAAUGGUUGUUGUGGAGAGUGCUGUAACAUCUAUAUACAUCUGUUAUGCGGAAGAUCCAUUGUUGAUCCAUCGAUGGGAUACCGACUUCUUUAACCAAAUGUCCGAGACAUUACACCAACGUCUUCAACAUAGGAGUGCACGGGCCAGGGAAGUAUUAACCCACAACCAACUUGAUGACCACAUGCAAGAAUCAAUCCAUAUUUGAAAGAUCAGUGUAAUUUUAUUGCUCGAGUCAUUCUUCCAAAUGUAUGAAAUUGUUUUUGAGAUGGUUCAAAAUUACCAGUUAAAAUGGUCGCAAAUCAAGGCCUUUCCUUCCUUGCUAAGAAAA